AUUGAAUUUUGAGAAAUGGGUAGGGGUUGGUUUAGUGUGGUGGUGGCGGUGGUGGUGGUGGUGGUGUUGAUUGGCGGUGGAAAUGGUUUCCCGGUGGAAGAUAAGGUGGUGAAGUUGCCUGGACAACCAAGUGUUGGAUUUAGACAGUAUAGUGGUUAUGUUGAUGUGGAUUUGAAAGCUGGAAGGAGUUUGUUUUAUUAUUUUGUUGAAGCUGAAAAUGAUGCUGAUAAUAAACCUCUUUCUCUUUGGCUCAAUGGAGGCCCAGGUUGCUCAUCAAUGGGUGGGGGAGCCUUCACAGAGUUGGGUCCAUUUUUUCCUCUUGGUAAUGGCCGGGGCCUACGUCGAAAUACAAAAUCGUGGAACAAAGCAUCGAAUCUUUUGUUCGUUGAGUCUCCAGCUGGAGUAGGAUGGUCAUACUCAAAUACUAGUUCAGAUUACACCACGGGUGAUGCCAACACAGCCAAGGACAUGCAUACUUUCUUGUUAAAUUGGUACGCUAAGUUUCCAUCAUUCAAAUCAAGAGAUUUGUAUCUUACAGGGGAGAGUUAUGCUGGGCAUUACAUUCCACAGUUGGCUAUUGCUCUUCUGGACCACAAUGCAAAGUCCACUGGUUUCAAGUUCAACAUCAAAGGAGUUGCUAUUGGAAACCCGCUUCUUAAACUUGAUCGUGACGUCCCAGCAGUAUACGAGUACUAUUGGUCACAUGGGAUGAUAUCUGAUGAGAUAGGCCUUACUAUCAUGAAUGACUGCAACUUUGAAGAUUAUACAUUUGCUUCGCCUCACAAUGAAUCUGAUGUAUGUAACAAGGCAAUUUCCCAAUCAAAUGAUAUAAUUGGUGAGUAUGUCAACAACUAUGAUGUGAUUCUUGAUGUAUGCUACCCAUCGCUUGUUGAACAAGAGCUGCGUUUGAGGAAAACGGCUACCAAGAUCAGCUAUGGUGUAGAUGUUUGCAUGAGCUAUGAAAGACGGUUUUAUUUCAACCUUCCUGAGGUUCAACAAGCUCUGCAUGCUAAUCGUACUAGAUUGCCCUACUCCUGGUCCAUGUGCAGUGGAAUUCUAAAUUACAAUGAGAAUGACGGAAACAUCAACAUUCUCCCCUUACUUAAAAGAAUCAUCAAAAACCAAAUUCCAGUUUGGAUUUUCAGUGGUGAUCAAGAUUCUGUAGUACCAUUGCUUGGAUCAAGAACACUUGUACGAGAAUUGGCUCAUGAAUUGCAGUUCAAAGUUACUGUUCCAUACUCAACUUGGUUUCAUAAGGGCCAGGUUGGAGGUUGGGUCACAGAGUAUGGGAAUCUACUGACUUUUGCAACUGUUAGAGGUGCUGCUCAUAUGGUUCCGUAUGCUCAGCCAUCACGUGCUCUACAUUUGUUCAGUUCGUUUGUUCGUGGUACGAAACUUCCUAACAACACCCGUCCUUCUAUUGAGGAUUAAUGAGUGAAAAGAGUCGCCCUAUUUUAAAUUUAGUUGAGGUUUCAUAAUUGAGUUUAGUAAUAUUUCAAUUUCCAGACUCAUUCAUAUGGCCGAAGGCAAGGAAAAGAAAAUGAAUAGAUAGGUUUUGCAAUCUUUGUAAGAACGAAAAUGAAGUUGAAUAUUUAAAGUUGUGUGAAA